AUGGGUGGUAGCCUAUUUAGUUUAUGCCAGUGGGUUCUGAGCGUGAAGAAGAACUACAGAAAGAAUGUGGCUUAUCACAACUGGAGACACGCCUUCAACACCUCACAGAGCAUGUUCUCUCUCCUCAAAUCAGGACGCUUACAGAAUAACCUUAGCGAUCUGGAGGUCUUGGCUCUGAUGAUUGCGACUCUCUGCCAUGAUCUGGACCACAGAGGAGUCAACAACUCCUACAUACAGAGGAGCGACCACCCACUGGCCCAGCUCUACUGCCACUCCACCAUGGAGCAUCACCACUUCGACCAGUGCCUCAUGAUCCUCAACAGCCCCGGAAACCAGAUCCUGAGUGGUCUCUCCCUGGACGAGUACAAGGCCACUCUGAAGAUGAUCGAGAGGGCUAUUCUGGCCACUGACCUGGCCCUGUACAUGAAGAGGCGGGGUGAGUUCUUUGAGCUCACCAAGAACAGCCAGUUUGUUUGGGAGGACGAAAAUCACAAAGACUUACUGAGGUCAAUGCUGAUGACUGCAUGUGACAUCUCAGCCAUCACCAAGCCCUGGCCAGUGCAAAAAAGGAUUGCAGAGCUGGUAGCCACUGAGUUCUUCGAACAGGGGGAUAAGGAGAGACGAGAGCUGAACAUUGAGCCCAGUGACCUGAUGAAUCGUGAGAAAAGAGAUAAGAUUCCUAGCAUGCAGGUGUCCUUCAUUGAUGCCAUCUGCACUCAGUUAUAUGAGACCUUGGCAGGCAUGUCGGAGUAUUGUUCCCCGUUGUUGGAAGGAUGUCAAAAGAACCGGCAGCACUGGAGGCGUUUGGCUGAGGAGUGCGAGAAGGGGCUGGUUAAUGGCUUGGUGUGAUCCCAACACCAGUUUGAGUUUCAACCAACACACAUUUCCAGGGUUCACCCUGUCCAACUUGGUCUCUCAAAAUUUCAUGAAAUUAGCAUGAUACCUAAAAGGAUGCUUUUUGUACAGAAAGUGGCCAAAAAAAUUUAUUUCCUAAGAAAAGAUUAUCUUGUGAAAAACAGUAGAUUUGGUUUAACAGUGAAUGGGCUGAUCAUCUUGUCUUCAAUAUAAGCAACCAACCUUGGAGCAGAUUCUCAUUCCAACUUAUGCCAAGAGUUUCUCUGACACAUACAGAGUUAUUCAAGUUUCUUACAACUUUGGUCUUAUUUUUGUAGGAUUGUCUGGCCUUUCUUUCUGCGAUAAUAAGGUUGUACUCACCAGGUUCAUAUCUCAGAUCUGGGAAUGUGUCAGUAUCACUAAAGAAGACUCAGAGCUACACUAAAAGUCAGGCUUUACUUAAGCACAGCAGUGCUUUGAGUUAAAAUGCUAGCAGGUUCACGCAUACAGUGCUAGCAUGGUGAUGUUAGUGUUACUAACAGUGGUCUUUGAGGGAGCCUCAAGGAUUCCCAAGAAAAAUUGGCUUAAUUUCACUAUUUCAUUCACUAUAAAAGUAAGCCCAAUGUGAGUAAGUCAUAAGAGGUACAAGGUAGAUCUAAUUGGUAAUAGUAGAGUUAGUUACAGACAUCAUUAUUAUCGAGAUUUCUCCUUUCGAUAUGUUCACUAAGCUUGGACAGUAUCUUAUAUUUCAUACCUUUAUGCCAUCCUUAAAUAUCAGCAGAGUAAAUGAUAUGUUAUGGUAUGAGUGUGUGGCACUAACGGCGGCCGUUUACAGUCCUGUAACUUCUCCCUCCAUCACUAGGUGUUGCAG